CAUCCGAUUUAGUUUUGCUUGGAAUGCUGAGGUGAAUAGAGUGCAUAUGAGUGACAGGACCCGCCAACAUUUUACAUCCACACAUCGAUUUAUCACAACGCAACACAUCGAAUUCGUGCGGCUCAAUCGAGAAAAAAAAAAUUAAUACCAAAUGCAUAUUUUGAUUUGAUUUUUCUUCUGUUUCGCUUCUUGACGUUUUAAUACAAAAAAAUAUGUGUAAUCAGUGUCAAUCGAUUCGUUUCGUUUAAAUUGGGAUUUUGAAUAUUGUGCAAAUUUUUUUGAAUAAACAUGAGCAAAAAUUGCAAAUGUGCGCCAAAUAAACAUUGAUCGUUUUAAUGCGCCCCCAAAAAGUGAAUGUUUGUGAUUUUUUUUUGAAAACAAAUUACAAAGUUUUUUUUAGUCAAAUAACUGCCAUAUCGGUUGAUAUCAGUGACAAGGGAGAAAGAGAGAUUGUGUGUCAAUAAAAAAAAAACGUUGGUAGACCGAGACAAAAUUUAAAUACUGAAAAUAUUGAAUAUUAAAAUCAUUUUAAUACUUCGCUUUGCUUGUGUAUAUGUGCGAUUUCAAGCUUCUGCUGAGAUCGACAUAAUCGCGCGAAAACAAAAUAAUAUCCAAAAACAACACAAGAAAAACAGACACACAUACUUACGAAAUAAACAAAAAGCAAGAAAGGAGAAACAAAUAAAUGUAUUCCGCGGACACCGUAAUCAGCAAAGCAAGAGCAAAGUUGUAAAAAUACAGGCCACAAUAACUAACGUUACGUCUUUGACGCGUUGCCACUUCAACAGCAGAGAAUCGUGUUUAAAAUAUAUAUCGAGGCUGUCAAUCUACAGACACUUGCAUCGGCUGGCUUUUUGAGUAUGUAAUGUGAUUUGCCAAAUUUGUUGUUUGUAUCGACGCAAUUCAAUUUGACGACAUUUGAUGACAUCGUGGUAAUUUGUGCGGCUGAAGUGAUGUGAUCAACAAGAAAGAAAAAAAUUUAUAGCCACCACAAGCCCAGUGCUCAAAUGACAAUUGAGAGAUAUAGAUGCAAAGCAAAGUGACGACAACGACAACGACGACGACGACGACGACGACGAGGACAACGACGCAAAAUAUAACGUAACCGAAACGCAAACCGAAAAAACACACAACACAACGAAAACAAAACCAAAACGGAAACCAAUUCUCUACUUAUUAACUUGGCAUUAGGAGCAUCCACAAAAUGAAUUUAACGAAUCCAUUACAUACGUAUUUCAUACUAAUUUUACUUGUAUGCAUUUUAAAUGAAAUCUACGGCACACGAAUACCGCUGGAAAUUGUGCAGCUGGAGAACAGUGGUACACGAUUAAAUGAUGAUAAAAUUGCCAACACCGAAUAUCAGGUGCACGAUGUGGAUGAACCAUCGUCGUAUUUAGCGAAUAAGCAUAAUAAAAAUGUGAACAAAACCCCCGACGAUUGGAUCACCCGAUUCACUGCAAAUCGGAAAGCAAGCACGCGUGACGUCCAAGAGCCGCGCAUUUUCUAUCAAGUUGGCUCAUCCGAAGAUGAUUUGCCGAUUUGUGGAACGAAUGAAGUGUGUUCAAAGAUUGAUUUGUAUGAUAUUCAAAAAGCCUGGAUUGAGCGGCAAUGUCGUUGCCCACCGGCUAAACAUCACAUCUUUGAGGGUGCCAUUGAAAGCGGUAACAGUGCCCGCAAUCGCCACGCCAUUUUACACAAUUUAAAACUCAGCGAGAGCACCGGAAAUCUGUACGAUUUCGAGAGUGAGCACAUAAAGAAUGUUCUCAUGAAAUUGGGAAUGCUGCAUAAUGCCGAAGAUAGUUUGAUGAAAGAGGCUGAAGAUUACAUGAACGACAGUGAAUCGGAUGAGAUCAAUUAUUCGGCGGAAGAGGCAUUUUCAACGAAUUUCCCGAAAACUCGACACCGAACACAGGACAACGAAGCCAUUGAAGUAGUUAAAAUGACAAAAAUCCGGCAUCACAACAAUGUACAUGGCGGUCACCCAUCGACCAAUGGCCAGUGCCCAGAUGCAAUCACAUCGAAUGAUGGCCACACAAUUGCCGACAAAACACGACUCUACAAAAUGUGCGAACCAGUACAAAAAUUGCCAUUGUGCAGAUAUUUCCGCGAUUACACAUGGACACUUGUGUCAUACUCGGACAUGAACGUAACACAGCAGAUAGUGCACUGUCGAUGCCCCAAAAACUCGAUAAGCUAUCUAAUCAAACGUGAACCGCUGAAAACUGGUGCACUCGGAUACACAUAUCUGUUCGCGUGCUCACCACAAAGCAGACUGAAGUGCCAACGAAAGGAGCCAUGCAAAUUGUUUACGGUUCGCAAGCGGCAAGAGCAAGUUGAUGAAGUCAACACUAAUGUAUUGUGCCAGUGUCCGCGUAACUACAGAUGCCCCAAGCUACACACCGAUGUCGGUGUCAUUCUCGGAAAGAACUACGUUGAAGACAACAUUCGAACGUUCUCAGGCUACUGUUUACAGGACAUUCACUGAACAUAACAAAGAUUUUUUUAAUGUUAAUAUUUGUAAAAUAAAAAAGAAGAAUAAAAUGCAAAAACAACGAAGAAAUCAACGAUUUACACUUUUGAAAGCAGCCACAGCCGCAGCAGUAAAUAACAAAAUUAUAUAUUUUUGUGUUCCAAAAUCCUUUAGCAUAAGAAUGAAUCAGAUUUAAAAUGAACGACAAACAAAAACAUUAUACUGUAUGAUUCGACGAAGAAGCGGAAGAAAAAAAUCCGCUAGUUACACCCAAACAUGAGUGAAAGUGACAAGACCGAACGAAUUAACGAGAGAGAAAGAAAAAACAUGUAAAUUUUUUAGAAGUUAAUUGAUUUGUUUACGUACUAUAUAAUAUUUAUAAUUUCAUUCCGAUUAUUUAGUGUUUGUGUUUGACUAUGUAUAAUUUAAUGUGAAUUAAAAUUGUGUACUCGAGAACUGCAAAAAAUGAAUGAGAAUCAAAUAAAAAUUAUUGAUCGUUAUGCGACCAAAAUUCAUGUAAAUAAA